AUGGCACCAGACAUUUCUCAACUGGGUCUGCAAAACACUGAUUCGUCAAAUAUACCUGCGGAUAGUUAUCAGAUACCCGAUGUUACUUUUCGUGACCCUAAGAACCGACGUCUUAAGGUCCUCACUAUCGGCGCAGGUGUUUCAGGGAUCAUGAUGGCUUAUCAUAUUCAAAAGCAAUGCCAAAACGUUGAGCAUGUCAUUUAUGAGAAGAAUCCUGACAUCGGAGGGACUUGGUACGAAAAUAGGUACCCGGGUGCCGCUUGCGACGUCCCUUCACAUGCAUACACAUUCAACUUUGCUCUCAACCCCGAUUGGCCAAGGUACUCAAGCAGAUCUGCGGAUAUCUGGAAGUAUCUGGACAAGGUCUGCGAAACGUUCGAUCUUAGGAAAUACAUGACCUUCAAUACCGAAAUUGUUGGUUGUUUCUGGGAUGAGGAGACUGGGAAAUGGACUGUCAAGAUGAAGAAAACAUCAGAAUCAGGCGAGAGGGAAUUUGAGGAGACGUGUGACUUGUUACUGCAUGCAACGGGCAUAUUAAACAAUUUCAAGUGGCCAGAUAUCAAGGGGAUCGAGAAGUUUAAAGGCAAAGUUAUACAUACGGCAAGAUGGCCAAAAGAUUACCAAGAAGAGCAAUGGAAGAAUGAGUCAGUAGCAAUCAUUGGCUCCGGGGCUUCGUCGGUUCAGACAUUGCCCACAAUGCAACCUUAUGUUAAACACAUCGACGUUUACGUGCGCACAGCUAUCUGGUUCAUUUCAUUCGCAGGAAAUGAUGGGAGUGGGAAAAAAUAUACCCCAGAGCAACGCGAAAAGUUCAGAAAUGAUUUGCCUGCCCUAGUAGAGCAUGCAAAACACUUAGAGAAUGAGAUGAACAGUAUAUGGGGUUUAUUUUUCAAGGACAGCGAAGCUCAAAAAGAAACUCAAAAGGUUUUUACAGCACGGAUGGAGGAGUUUAUCAAAGAUAAAAGGCUAUUGAAAGGCUUGACCCCAAAAUUUUCAAUCGGGUGUCGAAGAAUAACCCCUGGUGAUCCUUAUAUGGGUGCAAUCCAGGAGCCAAAUGUAGAUGUUCACUUUUCUGCUGUUGAGGAAAUUACAGAAGAUUCGGUCAUCGAUAGCGAAGGCCAGGCACGUAAGGUAGAUACAGUAAUCUGUGCUACAGGCUUUGAUGUGUCAUACAAGCCUCGCUUCCAGAUUAUUGGACAAAAUGGCGUUGACCUUCGGCAAAAGUGGAAGAUAGUUCCUGAAUCAUAUCUUGGUAUCACAGUACCAGACAUACCUAACUUCAUUACUUUCAUCGGUCCAACAUGGCCCGUAGAGAAUGGAUCUGUCAUGGGGCCUCUUGGCCAGGUAGCAAACUAUGCUAUUAAGUUUAUCAAGAAGAUGCAGAAUGAGUUUAUAAAGUCUAUCGCUCCAAAGCAAGACAUGACGGAUCUUUUCAAUGCACACACGCAAGAACUCAUGAAGCAAACCGUGUGGAGCUCAGGCUCAGGGUGCCGAUCAUGGUACAAAAAUAACGAAACCGGACGAGUCAAUGCUGUUUUCCCCGGAAGCUCUCUACAUUAUAUGCAGGUGAUCGAAGACCCAAGAUACGAAGAUUACAAUAUUACUUACCAGAAUAAAUAUAACCCAUGGGCAUAUCUAGGGCUUGGCUUCACAAUUGAAAAUCGUACGGAAGGUGCUGAUAUAUCACCAUAUAUCAGUGAAGAGGCGAUUGACCCGAAAUGGUUAGAUGUUAUGAAAUCGGGAGUUCUACGAGCAGAUCGUAACGCUGAAUAG